GAGAGAGAGAGAGAGAGAGAGGAGGCCAGGAGGGAGGAGAAAGGUUGAUGAACGAAACCCGCCUCAAAGCAGCACUAUUCGUACAGCCCGCUCCUUAUAUACUAGACUGUCGUCCACAUUCACAACUGUACAUCUCUACAUAUAUAUUAUCCGCACAUAUACACAUAUAUCCAACCAAUGGCAGUGGCGGAACCGUCGCCGGCGGCGAACUCCCGGCAGCAGAUGACGAAGCGCGAGGUUUACAACGAGGUACUCCGCAGGCUGAAAGAAUCGCCGAAUGUCGAGGAGGUUGAACAGCCUGGCUUCGACGAUCAACUUUGGGCUCACUUCAAUCGUCUCCCCACUCGUUAUGCACUUGAUGUGAAUGUGGAGAGGGCGGAAGAUGUUCUGAUGCAUAAGCGUCUAUUGCAACUGGCUCAUGAUCCUCUUAAUAGACCUGCGUUUGAAAUUCGGCUAGUGCAGGUUCCACCCAUAACCGCUGACGGAAAUACUGAUGAUUCUACUCGUCCAAGUUCUCUGCGGAAUCGAGGUCCCCAAAGCAUUCAUCCACCACCUGCUUUUGGUUCAUCUCCAAAUCUCAUAGCACUUGCACUAGAAGAUGGGGACAGUACUGUUCGCGGUCUUCAAUAUUCCCGACCCAUGCAUGAAAUCACGUUUUCAACAGAUGACAAGCCAAAGGUCCUCAGUCAGUUGACAACCUUGCUAGCUGAGGUUGGACUGAACAUCCAGGAAGCCCAUGCUUUUUCUACAACAGACGGGUACUCCUUGGAUGUCUUUGUCGUUGAUGGUUGGCCUUAUAAGGAAAUUGAGCAGCUCCGCACAGUAAUAAAGAAGGAAUUGUUGAAGAUAGAGAACCGGUAUUUGCCAAAGCGUCUUUUGAAAGCUCAUGUGGAUGAGCAGGAGCAAACAGUUAUUCCACGUGAAAUUGAUCAUUUGAAAAUUCCUAAUGAUGGGACUGACGUGUGGGAAAUUGAUCCUCGACUUCUUAAAUUCGGGAAACAAGUUGCUUCUGGGACAUAUGGCGAUCUAUACAAAGGUACUUACUGCAAUCAGGAAGUAGCUAUCAAAAUCCUGAAGCCUGACCAAAUAAAUGCAGACUGCCGGAAGGAUUUUGCUCAAGAAGUAUUUAUUUUGAGGAAAGUUCGGCACAGGAAUGUUGUACAAUUCAUUGGUGCAUGUACCCAAUCUCCAAGCUUAUGCAUUGUUACAGAAUUUAUGUCUGGUGGAAGUGUGUAUGACUAUCUCCACAAACGAAAGGGUACUUUUAAGCUACCAUCUUUAUUAAGAGUAGCAAUCAAUAUCUCAAAGGGCAUGGACUACUUGCACCAGAACAAUAUAAUUCAUAGAGACUUGAAGGCUGCCAAUCUUCUGAUGGAUGAGCAUGAUGUUGUUAAGGUGGCUGAUUUUGGAGUUGCUAGAGUAAAAGCUCAAUCUGGAGUUAUGACGGUAGAAACCGGGACAUAUAGAUGGAUGGCUCCUGAGGUUAUAGAGCACAAGAGUUAUGACCACAAGGCUGAUAUUUUUAGCUAUGGAAUUGUAAUGUGGGAGUUGUUAACUGGAAAGAUUCCAUACGAGUAUUUAACCCCUUUACAAGCUGCCGUUGGAGUAGUUCAACAGGGUUUACGGCCUACCAUUCCAAAGAACGCUCAUCGAAAACUUGCUGAGCUGCUUCGGAAAUGCUGGCAGCAAGAUCCAACUUCAAGACCCGACUUUUCUGAAAUAACAGAAAUCCUGCAGCAAAUUGCAAAGGAGGUUGAAGAUGAGGGAGAUGACCGACGCAAAGAGAAAUCAUCCGGCGGAUUCCUUUCAGUCCUCAAGCGGGGACUUAACUGACGCAAAGGGGGACAUGGUUUUUACAGUUAUACAUGAGCUAAUACGUGUUUACAUUUAUAAUUGUGGCCAUUUCCCAUCUGCUUUUUUCAUCUGAACUCUGUAGCUUUUGUUCUAUUGAUCGACGUUUCAUUGACGGUUCUUUCUGAUACCCUUUUUUUUUUUGUUUUUUUCAAUUUUGCUAUGGGUACUACACAUUUGUACCGAAAGGUGUACAACACGCUAAGGUAGAAGGGGGGCCACCGAAGAGUUCAAAAUGAACUCAAAACAACAUCCUGAAAAUUAGAGAGAGAAAAAGGAACCCGUCUUUUUUUCAAAUUCCAACUCUGAAAACCUACCCCAAACUCAUCGACGCCGACAAAUCCCCCCAAGCGCCAUUAACGGCAACCGGCGCCUCCAAGUCCAAGCAAAAAAUUGGUACGUCUCUCUCUCUCUCUCAUGAGGUUUGGGAUGCGAAAGGGGGCUAUUGGUUGAGGUGAGGUUAGAGGUUGUUAAAUGGGCUUUUGGGGGAGUCGAUGUGCUGUGUAGGAGGAGAACGCGACGAGCUGGAGUGGAAAGUUGCGGCUGUGGAGGGGGAGGAGAGGGUGGUGGGUUUGAUCUUAAAAUGAAAACCCUAUAUCUUAAAUUUUUUUGCUCUGUAAAAUCCAAACUCAAUUUUUUUUUCUUGAUAUGGGCUUCCGACCAUGAAUUUUUCUUGUUUAUGGGGUUUGUGCUUCAUCAGAAGAAAGCUCAUUUCGACGGCGAACAACACUCUGUUACUCAAAUGGCAGAGAUGAUCAAGCAAAUCUCAACCUAUGUGAAACAUUCAAUGGAGAAUCUGGACUAUGGUGUGGUUG